AUGCAUGGUGGAAACGAGGAAAAAAGUGGUAGAAAAAAGACUGAAAUCGUUUAUAAUUUAACAACCGCGGUGUUUAUAUUUGCAAUGAAGGGAAUAAAAAAAAAGAAAUUAUGGUCAACUUCCAACUACUUUAAAUAUUAUAAAGAUCCAGUUUUUAACUUAAUUCAUGCACAGUUUCUAUGCCAACGAUAUCUCGAGAAAGCCGAUUUUGUAGACCGGAAUCAAAGACCAAGUCUCCGCUUUUGCAUUAAAAAUUACAAAAAGCAAGUUUGUCUGCUCAAAAUAAAAAAAGAGGAAUGUAAAACUUCUCAAGACAUGGCGACCGACAUUUUAUUUGAUCGAAUGCAGAAACAGGAAAACUCAUCCAUCACUUUACUGGCAAAUCAACAACCUGUUCAAAGUACUUCAAGAGAUAAAAAAAAUGGGAUUUCGGUUACAUCAGUCCCAGUUAUUUUUGCAGAGGAGGCUAAAGGUGUUACAUGGUGCAUAAAGUCGCAAAGAACUUGCGGAAAAAUGUCCAGUUCGACAACGUACAAUCGUCUAAGCAAAGCUGUUGCCAAUCCAUUAAACCUAGAAACUGGAGCAAGUGGAAUCAAUCAAUCUAGCUGCUCAAGCAAACAUUAUAAACUGACAAUGAACAUAUGUCACGCAUGUGUGACGCUGGCAGGAGACGUGUUUAUUAGUAAUGCAGUGGUUCAUUUUGAUAAAAUUUUGUAUCUAAUUCCGUUAAUUACGAAUCGGAAACGUAGUGUCGAUGCUGUAAGGCGCGAAAUUGAUCGUGGAACCGACACAGAAGAGGAUGAUGAUUCCAAAAAAAACAUCCAAAAAUUUUUAGCCAAUUCACACUCCUACAUUUCUUUUUAUGCAACUAAAAACUGCAUCCUGUCGAGUGAUUAA